AUGUGGGUCCCAAUGGCGGCGCUUUCUGCGCGUCUGACCCUCUCCGCCGUGACCGGCGCUGGAGCCUUGUGCAUUUUGGGACCCAGAGUUGUGAGGCGGAAGGAGUGUUCGGAGGCCCUGCGCAGGGCCUUGUCUGAUUCGAGGCCGCAGCCCUUGCCUUCUCCGGUGGAAUCGUCUCCGGUACACAGGUGUCGCCUGGAGCACAAGCGUUAUAUAACCAGCAGGAAGUUGGCUGGGAUCUUAGCACUUUUAUUGCAGGAGAAGCAAAAUACUCCCCAGGUUGUCCUGGAAUGCAACCCAGGUCCUGGAAUCCUGACCCAGGCAUUACUUGAAACGGGGGCCAGAGUGAUUGCACUCGAAAGUGAGAGAACCUUUAUUCCACAUUUGGAGUCCCUAGGAAAACAACACCAUGGGAAACUUGAUGUGGUCCACUGUGACUUCUUUAAAAUGGACCCUCAGAAUAGUGGUCUCGUGAAACCACCCGUUGUGCUUUCCCAGACGCUUUUCCAUGAUCUGGAAAUAGAGGGGUUCCCUUGGUCAGCAGGUAUUCCUUUAAAAGUAUUUGGAAUUUUCCCCAUGAAAAAUGAAAAAAAAGCACUUUGGAAACUCAUCUAUAGCCUGUAUUCCUGUACUUCUAUAUAUAGAUAUGGACGAGUAGAACUAAAUAUGUUUAUUAGCGAAAAAGAAUACCAGAAACUAAUGGCAAAACCCACGGAUGGAAACUUGUAUCAAGUAUUAAGUGUGCUGUGGCAAGUGGCCUGUAACAUCAGGCUUCUGCACAUGGAGCCUUGGUCAUCGUUUGACCUGUACACCCAAAAUGGGCAGCUGCAUAAAAUCAAGAGCAAGGAAUUAGCAGAACUAAUACAGCAAAACCUGUAUUUUGUUCAAAUGACUCCUCGUAAAGCUUUAUUUACAGAAAACUUAACACCUGUUAACUACGAGGUGUUUUUUCACAUGUUAAAGCAGUGUUUUGUGAAACGCAAUGCCAAUCUAGUUGACCAUUUACAUUCAUUAAGUCCAGUUGAUGCGAUGGAUUUGUUAUCGAAAAUAAGAAAACACAAAAACAUGAAAAUAACUAAUAUGUACCCUCUGGACUUUAAACGACUUUUUGAAGCUGUGGAGUGUUCCAGAGGUUAUACCUAUAAAUGGCUAUGUAAUGACAUAAUAGAAGACAAAAUCAUGUAG